AUGGAAUCGUGUACCCAAACAAUAUCGCAGAAAGAACUUGAUACGUCCAUCACUUCUAUCUGUGCCCUUGGCAAAGGGGAUGCAAUUUGGCUCACUUCCUUCACCACAGAUGAAAACAUGUUGGGUGACGACGGGGCUUUCCUUCCUUCUAAUGCCAGUUGUUGUCAAAUCAGAGUAAUUGACAUAGCACGAGAACAAGACAACGAUCAAGACGUCAAACGUGUAAAAGAGUUUAUCCGAUCUCAACAAAUUCCAACACCUAAAGAGCGAAAAUGUGAGACACCCGAGGUGAAACGAUUUCUGUUCGAAUUAGCAAAACUCCGAAUUGACCCUAGUUCUGGUAUUCUAUUCCACCGAUCACAAGUAGUUCUACCAAAAAAGAUGCGCCGUAGAGUGUACAAGGAACUGCACGAAGACAUGGGGCAUCUUGGAUUGGAAAGGGUUCUUGCUCUUACCAGAGAGCGUUUUUACUGGCCGUAUAUGAGACGAGAUAUAGAACAUUUUGUUACUCGUGUUUGCCACUGUUUAAAGAACAAGCGUCCCACACUUCCAACCCGUGAACCCCUCCAUCCCAUAGUUACGACUUCUCCCUUUCAACUGAUUGCCAUCGACUAUGUUCACCUUGAGCGCAGUUCUGGAGGCUAUGAGUACAUUUUAGUGAUCGUGGAUCAUUUUACUAGAUACGCUCAAGCAUAUGCCACGAAAAACAAAUCAGGUGCAACCGCUGCGGAGAAGAUUUUUAAUGACUUUGUUCCAAGAUUCGGCUUCCCGGAGAAGAUCCACCAUGAUAUGGGUAAAGAGUUCGAAAACAACCUAUUCAAGCAACUAGAGAAAUUGUCUGGGGUACGUCAUUCCAGAACCACCCCUUAUCAUCCUCAGGGGAAUGGUCAAGUCGAGCGAAUGAAUAGAACUUUGCUUGGAAUGCUGCGGACUCUGCCAGAAGCUCACAAGACAAAGUGGAAAGACCAUCUGUCUAAACUUGUCCAUGCAUAUAAUUGUACUCGCCACAAAGCCACCGGCUACGCUCUUUUCUUUCUCCUGUUUGGCCGCUCUCCACGACUACCCAUUGAUCUAGCGUUCAACCUGAGAGAUAAAGAUGGUACCACCACCUAUUCCCAGUAUGUCUCGAAGUGGCAAACAGCAAUGAAGGAAGCAUACGCCAAGGCUUCCAACCUAGCAUCGAAGAACGCCUCGCGAGGUAAAAAGCAGUACGACAAGAAAGUCCGAUCGACAGUUCUUCAACCUGGAGACCGGGUCUUAGUACGGAAUUUGACACCAAGAGGAGGCCCGGGGAAGUUGCGGUCUUUCUGGGAGGAUGAGGUACACGUUGUAUUAUCAAGGAAAGGCCCAGACAGCCCCGUAUAUGACGUCCAAUCGGAGUCCAAGAAGAAACCUCGUACGUUACAUCGCAAUAUGCUACUCCCCUGUGAUUACUUGUCUACCGAAUUGGCCGUGGCAGCGCCUAGACAACGUCGCGACCAGGAUCGUUUAUCUACCCAUAACACAUCUAUUGAUGACAGUUCAUCAGAUGACGAGGAAGAGUACCCUUCAGUUUCACAUCGCAUGCCAUUAACUGCCGACUCGAAGCACGAUGUAUCCGAUGGAGAACAAUCGCUGGAGCUACCAGUGCAGGUCGAAGACAACGUAUCAGACGAGUUACAGCCGGAUAAUCGGAGUGGUAAUAUCCUACCCACUGAAGGCGAACCUGAGGAACCUUUCGAGAUACAAGGAGAAACAACUGAAGAAAUUUCGGAACAGCAGGAUGAACAUGUACCUGUAUCUGAUGGGGGGCAGGAAGCCCUUCCUCCUACUAAUAGCCCUCCACCAAGAAAUCGACAAGCUCCACAACGACUCACCUACUACGCUCCAGGACAUUCGGCCUGUUGUUAUUGUGGAGCAGUGAUGCUGCCAUUCAACCAUCGAACAUCCCAAUCCCCUUACCUUCCACCAGAGAGACAACCUUACCGCCAAACUCUGCUGCAACCCUGCGAAGUCCCACAACCCUUCCAAAUGUCCGCACCUUUCCAAAUACCACCACCUUUCCAAAUACCACCACCUUUCCAAAUACCACCACCUUUCCAAAUACCACCAUCUUUCCAAAUACCACCACCUUUCCCAAUAUUACCAACAUAUCAGAUCCCACAACCCUACCAACUCCCAUAA